UAUUUUUCAACUCACUAGAACUAACAGUAAAAUAUUCCCGUCGAAAUCAAAUCAACCGCAUGGCGUCUAAAUCUUGGCCAAGAUUUACUAGUCCAUGCUUCCUAGACUCGAGCAGACAUCUAGGCCGCCACACUGACUCCAGCAUCUUCAGGCUGGAAGGUAGCACAUUAGAUGAGCAGACAGAGAGCAUAAAAAGGAAGCAUGGGUCUAAGGAGAGGCUGCAAAGAGCAAGUAAGAGAAGCAGGACAAGCCAAAGUCCAUCCCAGGAGCGCAGACAGUCCCCCCACCUCUCCUCAACCAGUGACAAACCCAGCACCUCUGCUGCAGCAACCACUGACCCAACCAUUAGAAAAGUCUUACCUGUAGGAAAUACAAGUAUAACUGAAUCCAAUGAUCUCCCAGUGUUGGAUGCUGCUGACGUGUCAAAGAAGAGCAGUAAGUGUAAAGUGACCUGUGAAAAGGCUGAGGAGCAGCCAAAGAAGAGAAGUAGAAAAACUCCAAGUCUGCAAGAGGGCCCCAGCCACACAUCAAAAAGCACUUGCCACACUGACAACAGAGCUGAAUUUAAGGCCAAAUAUGAGGAAAAGGAACUGCUGGGUGAAGGAGGCUAUGCUUUGGUCUUUGCAGGAUUUCACAGAAACAACAAUCUGCCUGUAGCUAUAAAACAUAUUCCACAGGAGGAUGUUGUGCGCAUUCCAUUGCGUCUGAAUGAGAAGAUGAGCAACGUUCCUCUGGAGGUGGCAUUGCUAAUAGCAGUAGGAGCUGGUACAGACUCAACAGCCAGCACUAUAACCCCAGUCCUGCUGGACUGGUUCGACCUGGACGAGGAAUUAAUUAUGGUUCUGGAGAGACCCGUCCCCUGCAUGGACUUAAUUGAUUACUUUGAACAAAGGGAUUCCUACAUGGAGGAGCAAGAGGCUCAAGCCCUACAGAGACAGCUGGUGAAUGCAGCCUUGGAGAUGCAUUCAAAAGGAGUUUUCCAUCGGGACAUAAAACUGGACAACAUUCUUAUUGAAACAGGUUCUGAUGUCCCGAGGGUCAGAUUCAUUGACUUUGGCUAUGGCACAAUGCAGAUAGAAGAAGAGCACACUGUGGAACAAGGGACUGAAGUGUACAGUUCCCCGGAAUGGUUUGAGCAUCACCGCUACACGGCCGGUCCCACAACAGUGUGGCAGCUGGGGGUGGUGCUAUAUGGUUUACUGCAUAAACGACUCCCCUUCACCUGUCCCCAUGAGAUUAUCUGUUGCAAUCCCCCAAUUCGAGUUGACCUUUCUGAUGACUGCAAGGACUUUUUGCAGAGGUGUCUGGCCAAGCGCCCACAGGACCGGCCUACCUUGGAGAGUCUUCCAAAUCACCCUUGGCUAAGAUGAGAUAGCUCUACAGCACAUCUGCCAAAUCUGCAGUUUAGAAAACCAAAACCCUGCAAAAGCUAUUUUUAAAAUUAAAAAAACUGUUGUCUUUUUCUGUUUCUGCAGAGCACCAAACCAGUCCAGCAAGAACCAGCAGUCCCAUAGUUCCAAGCAAUUCCUUAUUAUCAGGCUGCCCUAACAAGUCUCUAAAGACUCUCCAGCUGGUCCAGAAUGCAGCUGCACGUG